ACUGUGGCGCAGUCGGGCUUGGCCCCGCGACUGAAGGGAAGCUAGCGGUUCCAAAGCGGGCGGAGUCGGAAACGCGAAAGCCCAGGGCUCCUUAUACCCCCUCCCUCCCCCGCCGGAGGUGUAAACGAUCGUGGUGGAGCAGCUCAUGGAGCAGCCGUGAUCGAGUGCCCCAGAAAAGCGCUGCAUAAUCCGGACGGAGAACCAAGCGCGAGUCGCUCGUCUCCUUGUUCUUCAGUGCAAACAAAAGGACUCGUGACAUUAUAAAUCUACACAUUUUCCUCAAAGAGGACCACGAGGCGAAUCCCACAGGAAUAUCUCCCUGGAUUUUUACCCCUAAAAAUGGACGGUUUCGCCGGUAGUUUAGAUGACAGUAUAUCUGCCGCGAGCACGUCGGACGUGCAGGAUCGCCUGUCAUCCCUGGAGCUGCGGGUUCAACAGCAGGAGGAUGAGCUGACGGUGAUGAAGGCCGCGCUGGCGGACGUGCUCAGACGUCUGGCUCUGUCCGAGGACACGGCCGCCGCCGUCAAGAAACAGCAAAGCAGCAAAGGUCCAGCCUCGAUGCGGGAGGCUUAUUCUAUGUCCUGUAUUGCCAAUGGCAGUUCCAGCGGCCGCAAAUCUCACAGAGACAGCUCAACAGUAUCUAUAGCCAGAAAAGAGACGCUGUCCUCUGCAGCCAAGAGUGGUGUCGGCGGCGAGCGGAGAAAAGACAAGGCUCAGAUGGAGGAAAUCCAGGAGAAAGAGGAGCCGGCACAAGCUAAUGAUAAACCCCCCUCAACACCCAGUACCCCUCAGGCACCGUCCCCCUCUAGCAACCCCCCCUCCCCUCACCCCCCACAGCCCCAAAGACAAGCUUCGGAGAGCAAGGGGUCUACCCCGGCCAAAAGGGGUAGCAGUGCGAAGCGCGGGGGAAUGGAGCGUUCUCAAAGCAGCACAUGGGACAGCGGGGAAGAAAACAGGAAUAAGCUGGUGAAAGCUGCCUCCACUUCCAAACUCUUGGCCAAAGUGGGGAAGAACGCAGAGAAACACAGAGAUCCUGUCAUCAGUCAAGCUAAAAUGUCAACUCGUGAAAAAAACAGCCAAGAGGGAGAGUACAUAAAAAUGUUUAUGCGGGGGCGACCCAUCACGAUGUUCAUCCCAUCAGACGUAGAAAAUUACGAUGAUGUCCGAACCGAACUUCCCUCAGAGAGACUUAAGCUGGAGUGGGUAUAUGGCUACAGGGGGCGUGACUGCCGUGCAAAUGUCUAUUUGCUUCCAACUGGUGAGAUUGUUUAUUUCAUCGCCUCUGUGGUCGUGCUGUUCAACUAUGAGGAAAGGACACAGCGCCACUAUUUAGGACACACUGACUGUGUUAAAUGUCUUGCUAUUCAUCCGGAUAAGAUUCGCAUCGCUACAGGACAGACUGCGGGUGUGGAUAAGGAUGGGAGGCCUCUUCAGCCUCAUGUGAGAGUAUGGGAUUCUGUGAGUUUGGCCACAUUGCAAAUCAUUGGUCUCGGUACCUUUGAGAGAGGAGUGGGAUCCCUCGCGUUCUCUAAAGCCGAUUCAGGCACUCACCUCAGUGUAAUUGAUGACUCUAAUGAACACAUGUUGACUGUAUGGGACUGGCAGAAAAAGUCAAAAAUUGCUGAAAUUAAGACGACUAAUGAAGUGGUUUUAGCUGUGGAGUUUCACCCCACUGACGCCAACACCAUCGUCACAUGUGGAAAGUCUCAUAUCUUCUUCUGGACCUGGAACGGCUCCGCACUUGCCCGCAAACAGGGCAUCUUUGGUAAAUAUGAGAAGCCAAAAUUUGUGCAGUGCUUGGCUUUCCUCAAUAAUGGAGACAUUCUGACUGGAGAUUCAGGAGGAAUAAUGUUGAUAUGGACCCGUAGCACAGCUGAACCAGCACCAGGGAAAGGACCCAAAGGAGCGUUUCAGAUCAGUCGUCAGAUUAAGGCUCAUGAUGGCAGCGUGUUUACACUGUGUCAGAUGAGGAAUGGGACUCUGCUCACAGGAGGCGGCAAAGACCACAAGAUCAUUUUGUGGGACCAUGACCUCAAUCCAGAGAGAGAAAUAGAGGUCCCAGAUCAGUAUGGAACUAUUCGAGCUGUAGCUGAGGGUAAAUGCGAGCAGGUUUUGGUGGGCACAUCUCGCAACUUCGUCCUUAGGGGCACCUUCAACGAUGGAUUUCAGGUGGAGGUGCAGGGACAUACAGAUGAACUGUGGGGUCUGGCCGCCCAUCCCUUCAAGGACCUGUUCCUCACCUGUGCUCAGGACAGACAGGUGUGUCUUUGGAACUCAGUGGACCACACGCUGGAAUGGACCAGACUGCUGGACGAGCACGGGCACUGUGCCGACUUCCAUCCGAGUGGUUCUGUUAUUGCUAUUGGUACUCACUCAGGGAAGUGGUAUGUUCUGGACGCAGAGACGAGAGACCUGGUGGCCAUUCACACAGAUGGCAAUGAGCAGCUGUCAGUCAUGCGCUACUCUGUCGAUGGAACGCUGCUGGCGGUGGGAUCACAUGAUAACUUCAUUUACCUCUACACGGUGUCGGAUAAGGGACGCAAGUACAGCAGAUAUGGGAAAUGCACUGGACAUUCCAGCUACAUUACACAUCUUGACUGGUCCCCCGACAACAAGUUCAUCAUGUCCAACUCAGGAGACUACGAAAUCCUUUACUGGGACAUUCCAAACGGUUGCAAGUAUAUUCGUAAUCGCUCUGAAUGCAAAGACAUCGACUGGGCCACCUACACCUGUGUGCUGGGAUUUCACGUCUUUGGUGUGUGGCCUGAAGGCUCAGAUGGGACAGAUAUCAAUGCUCUGAUGCGAUCUCACAACAGGAAGGUUAUCGCUCUGGCUGAUGACUUCUGCAAAGUGCAUCUUUUCCAGUAUCCUUGCUCAAGACCCAAGGCCCCAAGCCAUAAGUACAGCGCCCACAGCAGUCACGUGACAAACGUGAGCUUCAUGCAUAACGACGCUCAUCUGGUUUCAACCGGCGGCAAGGACACGAGCAUCAUGCAGUGGCGUCUGGUGGAGAAGACCUCUUCCCUCGUGCAUAGCGACUCAAGCUUGGGCCUGAGCGAAUCACUGAUGCACAACUCUACCCCUCGCAGCCUGCCGUCGAUACCCAGCGUACCCCAGACUCCUACCGAGCCUGUGCCGGUGCCAACAUCGCUACCCAUCAACGCCCAGCCCGACACCAACACGCCCCCUCCCACGCCCACCGAACCAUUGGACACAGCCACACCUAAUGGACAACAGGAUGACUCGCCAGAAACCCCGCCUCCUUCCGACGAGGCCACGCCUCCUUCCGACAGCACCCUGAGCCCCAAGGACAGCCUAGAGCCUAGCGAUGAUACGGCCACGCCCAGCGAUGAGGGCACACCCUUUAAUCCACCUUUAUAAGAGAGCGAUGUCAUUGUAACGGAGGUCCGGCCCCUUCUCUUGCCUGCUCGAUACCCUGCUCAAGGCGCCAGCAUGACACUGUAACCUUUCUGUUGGAGUACAAAAGCAGGGUCUCCUCAUUUUUUUAUCCUUUCGAGCUUUUUGUUUCGUGUCUUAGUGUUAUGUUGACAUUAUGUUUUAAAGAUGUGAUUGUGGAGGUAUUGGUUUGGCUUGAAUGGUGAGAGAUUUGAAAUGUGAAAAACCUUCGGAAAGAUUCAGCACUACCACACAAACACUAAUACACACCCAUGUAUACACACACACAUAAUGAAUACAAUUUUUAAUGAAGUUUUAUCUUCAAAGACAUUUUUGCAGAUGCAAAGCCACACAAAGGUACAAGAUAGUGAAACGUUGACAUAUGGAUUUGAUUAUUUUGCCAUGCAGUAAUGGCAUUUAUUAUUAUUUAGGGAUAAAAUUUGUUUUAUUAUUUACUUUUAUUAUUUAGGGUUAAAACUAACUGGAAUUGCAAAGGCGUUUCCUCACUUAGAUAAUAAACCAUUAAGCUAAAUAGAAAAUAAAAAUUUUGUCUUUAUGUAGGUCUUCUAUUCUCUCGCUCUCCGUAAACGUUGUUGGUGGAAAUUGGGGUCACCUUAAAUUUUAACUGCAUGCGAAGUGCAUGAUUAUUAAUACUUUACAGAAUAACAGCAAUGCACCUCAUUCAACAUUAGCACAGCACACAAACACAAAUACAGUAUAUUCACAUUUACCCUAUUAAAAGCCUGGUUUGCCUAAAUAUGGGACACGCAUGGCACCCAAAUAAGAUCAAAGCCUCCUCACCUUCCUGUCGAAAAUACCAUGCCACCCUCACAUCUCCUGUAGUUUUCCCUGUUGGACUGGAGAUCUCAGCUGUGCAUCCGUUUUAACUCUUGAUUUAGAUCAUUCUGUUCUCUCACUGAGACCGAAUUGUUUUAAGCUUUCAUUUCGGGACUGUUUUCUUGUCAUUUUGUCUAUUGGACUGAGAUGUUCUUGUUUUUUUAUUAAUUAAGAGAGAACGAUUAAACAAGUCUUAAAUGUGAGCGUGUGGGUAUGAGUGUGUGUGUGUGUACGUGCGCACGAGGUGCCGCUUUUUCAUUCCGCAAAAUCUUCUCAGGAUCACUUUUUGUGAAGAGCGAUCGAAAGAAUAAAGAAUAAUGUUUUUCCCGCUUUCUGUAACGUUUGGAAAAUUAGUACUAUUAUCAUGUUGUUGUUGUUUUGUUUUUUGUACUGAAAGUACUUUGGAUCAUUUCAGGUAAACUGAAUCAGUUUUAGACAUUUAGAGAUGAAAUGAUCCAUAUUAUCUACAGUAAGUUUACAGGCCAACUUAAACCCCAUGUGUAUAUCCUUAAAUCAUAUCAUAAAAAUAUAUUUGCAUAUAAUGCCACCACAGCCAUUUAAAGGUGCAGUGUGGGAUUUUGACAGAAAGAUUUUUUGACAGAAAUGCAAUAUGAUAUUGUCAGUGGUGUAUAAAGACAUUACAUAAUGAACUGUAAUGAAAUGUAUUGUUUUUAUUACCUCAGAAUGAGCCGUUUUUAUCAACAUACACCACGAAUCUGCUUACAUGGAAGUCGCCGUCAUGUUUCUACAGUAGCCCUAAAUGGACAAACUGAAUCUUUUUUCCACCACAUUAUCUCAGUUGAUAGCUCUGUAGCUUGUCUCUCUCUAUGCGUUUUUAAAGGGAGGGGUGAGCUGUGGACUGAGUCGAUGGUUGCAAUUCACAGUCUUACCGCUACAUGCCGCUAAAAGUCCCACACUGCGCCUUUAAUAAGGCAAUACCACUGAAGUUCGUUUUUGUUUCCCUCAACAUUGCGUGGAGAGAUGGAUAUGUGAAAGUUCUGCCCCUCACUGAAGAUGAAACGGUAUGUAGUACAGAUUUACUCCUCUGCUGCCCUUUUUAGUAAUGAUUGUCUUGUAUGCCUCAGUAUUACGAGAUGAAUCAGUUUAGAAAAGUCGAUAUUUAGAUAGACACAAGGGCACGACCGCUGAGUUUGAGUUAAAUAUUGAAGAACUGCAAAUGUUUGAUCAACAUCGAAUUUGCGAUGAUUUACUAUUUUUAGCACUACCGCAGUAACUAUCGCGAUGAAAGAGGGAGAACGUUAAACAUGAUGGACCUACGCAGUGCAGCGCCACAUAAACACAGAUCUCAGAUCUGCUGUUAUAGACUACUAAAACACAUUAGCAUGUGUCCAUAAUGCUGCGUUUACAACAGUCACGUUUGAGGCGUCAAAAUCGUGUAUACCACGUCUAGUUUUCCUCUUGAACAAUUUGAAUGCAUUCGCGCGUCUAGAGCGAAGUAGACGCGCGGAAAAAGCAAGCAUUUGACGCGCGUCAGAGGCAAAAUCUGCUUCUUGUGGGAUGGGCAAGUGCUAUGCUGUUGUCUGUUUGCAAGAUGGCUGAUGUUGAUCUUGCAUUCAUCGAGAGAGUUACCGGUUUGUAUUUGGUCACCAGGGGGAAAAUAGCUUAAAAAAUGGCGGGAAUGCCGCGGGUCGAUAAACGUCACCUGACCCAAAAGUGAAAUGUGUAUUUACAACUUACCAGGUUCCCCAAUGUCCUCACUGACACUCUUCCAAGCGAGGUCCUUUUUAUUCUUGUCUCUAGAAAUAAGAACUGGUGUCGUAUAGCUCUGGGCGACUGCUCAUUGACAAUAUCAAGCGUUCCUCCAUGUUGAAGGAGUGACUCCGGGGCUGCAGUAGGCUCCUGAUUGGUUAACCCGGUGCGAAAAUCCGCCAAAGUUCAAAUUUUUCAACUCGGGCGUCAGCUGCAAAUUCGCGUCAAACGCAAAAUGCACAAAAAAAAACACUGUUCGCGCGUACCAUGCCAGAUGCUCAGUUCGCGUGAACUAGAUGCCGCGCCAUGCUUCAGAGGCCUUCAGACGCGUCUUCACAUUGACUUACUAUUGAAAUCACUCGCGUUUGGCGCCUCUACCGCGGCUGGUGUAAAUGCAGCAUUACUCUUCAAAUCUGCAAAUUAAAAAUGCGGCCAAUGGAAAUACGGCAAUUUCGCAUAAACUGCCAUAUAUCGCAAAAAGUUAUUUAUGCUUGAGUGAGCUAGGUGGAUUUGCAGGGAUUUCGGCAAAUGAAUAUUUGCAAAACCGCAAUGGAAAGGUCACCUGAUGUGCGUAAAAGUCAUAUUAGGCUUGUUCGACUUUAUGCGGUGCCGCAAGAACUGACAGGCGCAUGAUGUCAAAGUACCGCAAGUGUGAUUCGAGAAACCAUAUUUUCAAAUCUCUCUCGCGGAACUUUGACGUCAUGCGCCUGGCAGUUCUUGCGACGCAGCAUGAAGUCAAACAAGCCUAUAUCAUUUAUUGAAUAUGACGCGGUAUGUUUGGUUGGAGGACAAGACAGAAGAGAUGUGAAUUUAUGUGGCGUUACAAGAAGUGCAUGACAUCAAACUACCCGAAAGUGAUUCCGGAGUCGACUGCUCUGUAUGAUUUCGAGUCGUUCUUACUGUAUUUUGAUGUCAUCAACAUCGGUCUGCAUGGCGCCAUAUGAAGCCGAACACAACCGUCGGCAGGUUUUUGGAAUGAUAUAUCGCGAGACAAAAAAUGUUGUUUUAGUCGUAUAGCAUCGGUUAAUAGAAUACUCUGUCAUUUCGAAAUAGUAUUUUGUCAACAUUUAUAAAAUAAUGAAAGUUCAGCGCAAAUCUUUAAGGGAAACGCAGCCACUGUUCUGGCAGUCGGUGUGCGAGGCAUGAGAUACCGCAGACAGCUGACGACGACUGCAGCUCCGGUGUGAGUCGUCUGCUGUCUGGGACUGAAAGCAUGAUUUCUUUUCCAAGAUAUUUCCAAGAUGUGUGGUAUUGAGAUCUGGUUUGGAUACAUGGGUUGGGUUUUGUUCUCCCUGUUUUAAUAGUGAAUGAAUGACAAUCUUCUGUAUUAUUAUGUUUGUAUAAUUGAAUACCAGCAUUCAGAUAGUCUCAGUAUUGGAGGAAAUGAGUCUGAUCCAGGUGUGAUUUGUAGGUUCAGGUGCAUGAUAUGGUCAUAAUAGAUGACUAGUUGACUUUGGCGAUGUUUAGAUAGAUCAAUUAAGUGAUAUUUGAUUGUUGGUGUGUACUAUAAUGUUUAUGUGACAUUUGCCCUGGAGCCAUGAGGCAGAUUCACUAAACGGUUGCACCAAUUUUGUGCAUUUGGUCUUGUUUAGUUAUGCUAUUACCUAAGUUUUGUAUUUUCUUAAGCGAAUUGACUGCAGAAGGAAUACAGCUAGAUUCUGCAAAAAUAGACAACGCAUGACAGGCGCUUUUAGUUUUUUGUGAAUUUUCCCCAAAUGUGUCCAUCAGCUGGCCUGCAGUUAACUUUUUAUACCUUUUUAUGUACAAUGCUUUAAUGGAGCACUCCAGUUUUUUAAGCAAAUGCGAAGGUUUUCACAUUGAUUGCCUUGUUGUAUUUCCUGAAAUACAUCUCAGUCUUUAUUCGCCAUCCCUUUUCAAACGACAGGAAUCCAUUGAUACUGCAACCCUCAAAAGCUUUACGCUAGCUCAAGAGGACAUGAUCGUGUGGUAUUACUCUUCACAAAACUUUUUCGUCAUCUUUGUUGUUACAUUCAGAGCUGGUUUUUGUUGUGUAUAUAUUGGUGUACCUGUAUGUAUAUAACUCUUAUUGAGGGAGGGAGGUACUAUAAGGAGGGAAUGUUUCUUUUACAUAAGUUAGUGAUGAAGAGGAGAUUUUUGCAUCCAUCAGAAAACUUCAAUGAUUGUUUAACCUGCACAUGCAGGUAUAGUGGCCUUGUGGCAUGGAAAUGUUUCGCACCGUGCCUGGUUCAGCUUUACAUUAAGUCAUUGAAUUUUCUGUGGAUUUGUGCCACUUCAAAGAAUUUCGCAAUUUGUUUAACUGAGACCGGUUAGCCAAAAGGCUGAAUGUCAUAAAUCAUUUGCCUUGUUUUUGGUUUUUAAAACAUUUUGUUGGAGUUAGGGCUUGGGCGGUAUAUCCAGUUUAUGUAUUUUUUCCUUUUGGGAUACGGGAUAAGACAAUACCGUCUAUGUCAGUGUGGCCUGAUAUGACCAUCCUUUGCAACAGAUGCUCUGCCCGAAAUCUAUACUGAGAUCAAUUGUAAGUUUGCCACCAGCUCACGUCGUGCACAUUUAUCCCAAAAUUACCAAGAUGAGAUUUUUGGUCGCCCAGCCCUAAUUGAAGUAGGUGAUUUUGGUUUUGAAAACAGAUGGUGCUUCCCAGUUUGACAAAUAAAAUGAUAGCAAUGGAUUGUCAAUGUAGUGAUCACAACUGAGGAGAGACUGCUGUUUAUAUCCAAGAGCUGAUUUCCAAGACAGAUGCGAUUCCCAACAUCGAGUGAAAAAAUAUCCAUUUUGAUUCUUUUCCAGUGGUUGUAUCUACAGUACAUUUAGAGGAAAUAUCAGGCUUGACUACAUCUCUGGACUUCCAAAUGCUUUGCAUUUUCGGGCCGUUUCAUCAAAUUACCAUCACGUAAAGCUCAUUUUCCAUAUUAGCUUUUUUGAUAAGAAUGAUGGAAAUACAAAACCACAAUAAUUAUGAAGAUGAUCCUGAUUAUGCAAAUGAUAAAAUAUGUUAAAUAUUAAAAAGGCAAACCCCUUUCUUUCUUGUGACAAAGUUUGAGCCAAUCUGUCUCUUAUGCAUUCCUGUUAAUGGGCAGAUUUUCGAAAAUAAAGAAACAUUUUAAAAGCA